AUGAUGACAACAUCAACAACAACAACAACAGUAGGUUGUACUAAGAUAGCAUCAUCACCAAGUCAAAAUGAAUCAUCAUUCUUUAUUGUUUUACUUUAUUCUUUUGUUGUAGUAGUAGUAGAAAUGCCUAAAGUAAAAAAAGUAAAAGUAAAAAAAAACAUUGGAUUCAUUAGUGAUACCAAGAAUACUCAGUUUAAUGAAGUUCUUGGACUACUCCAAGAGACACCAUUAUCAAUUAAAGAGUUGUUCCCUCAAAAUCAUUCACUCAACAAUGUAAUCAUACUCACUUGUACACUAUCAAACGAUGGGUUAUCUCACCUGCCCAUAAAUAAUAAUAAUAAAAAGAAGAAGAAGAAGAAUAAUAAUAAUGAUAAUUCCAAAAUUUUUAAUGAAAUGGAAAAAGAAUACAAUAACCAACAAAAAGACAAUCAAGAUAUUGAUCAAGAUGAUGAUGAUGAUGAAGAAGGAGUAAAAAUUGAUAAGGAAUCGAUUAUCAAAGAAAUUCAAAGUGAAGAGGAAAAGAUUGCAAAAACUAAUUCCAAAUCCAAUUUCUAUUUAUCUCUUUCAAUUAUAUUAAAAAUUCCACAAUUAUCAACAAGAUCAAAAUUAUUGGAAUAUGCUGACAAUAGAUAUGGAUUUUCAUAUUCCUACAAACAAGCAUCAAAGGUUCUUUAUUUAUCAUACAAUAAAAUAAGACAAUUGGCUGGAUCUGAAUCCUUAUUUGUAGACUUUGGGCUAUUGCUUCAACACUUUGGCAACCACAGUGCAAAAUUUUUGUGGAUGCAAGAUUGCGGUGACACUUGCAUCAACGAUAAAAGUGAGUCGGCUCAUCAACAUUUUGAAACAGUGGAAACGGUAUAUGAGAAGAGAAAUGAAAAAGAUCCUCUUUUUGAUUCAUUCUUGUCUCGCCCAACGACUCAGUUUAUUUGUUGGGCUCGUGAAAGUACAGAUCGUCAAGUCCAACUUGGAAAUGGUCUUUUAUCACAAUACGUUGCCAAUUUAAACAACCUAAAUUUGAUCUAUCAAGAUCGUAUCGAUGGUUUGAAACUAUCUGCCGAAACCAAAAAAAAAUUAGAGGUUAUUUUUGGUACUGAAGUAGUUUCUUCUUUUAAUAAUUCUCUAUCAAAUCGAAAACAAAUGGAAAUACUUUUAAAAGAUUUAAAAAUUGGAGCAUUCUUGUCUGUUGCAGCAUUUAAUAGGUUAACACGAAACUGGUCAGAAUAUAAGGACAUUUUGAUACCUUUGUUUAUCGAAAAAAAAAUCAGGUUGGUCAUUGCCGAUCCAGAUAUGAAAGCGUUAAAUAUUUGCAACCCAAUCAUAAUGGAUUUUGGUAAUCAAACUAUAUCAUCUAUUGGAUCAACAGAAUCGACAGCCACAUGGAAACAAGUUUGUGAAGAAUUGGCCAACAACUUUGAUCGUUACUAUGCUUCUUCUUACGAACAUGGUGUUUAUGGAAGUAGAGGCUCAUCGUUGAAUGCCCAUGUCAAGCCACACGGUCCAGAACUCAAUCUCAAGAGAUGUUUAAUCGAGGAUAUGUCUGCGUAUAUCCAGCCAGAUGAAUGGGACAAGACCAAGGUUGUUUUAUUGGAAUUGUCAAGAACAUCUUUUCAUGGCACCUUGUCCUCUAAUGAUGGAGACUCUGCAACAUCCCAAUCUCAAGCAUUGAACAUGUUAAACGCAAACAUUCUCAAUAGUCAUUGUCAAAGUUUGCAACGUGUUGGAGUAAUGGUUCACAAAACCAAAGUUCAAGUUGACACUGACACUUUGGAAUCUAUCAAUAGUCCUCUGGUCAACAAAAUUGUCGAACUUUUAAAGUCAUUUGCCAAGGUCAUUUGCCAUGGUAUUGCAAUUGACAGAUUGUUUAGAGAUGCAAAUGUUCUUUCUACCUUUUUCAAACAUUUUGAAAAAAAGGUUUUAAUUGUUUUAUUAUAUCCACCAACUAGUUAUUUUAAGACAAUUAAAUCAAACAAAAAUCAAUUAAUUGAGAAUUUAUAUUUAAUGAAUCAAUUUGGUAGAGAUGAAACCAAUUUAAUUGGAAUGGAAGAAUAUUCAAAUUCUUUACCACAAACUAUUGCUGAAUAUUCGGAAAUGGCAUCAGACAUGUUGCAAGAUUUUGAUUUGGAGAAAACAAAAUCGUUUCCACUCUAUUUUCCCACUCCGGUUACUCUGGAAAACCUCCCUCUUAUUCUCACUGGUUGCCAAAAGAGUCAACAGUUUCGUCAAUGUAUGUCUGGAACUCAAUAUCUUGCUCAUUUUCAAUCAUUAAAGCAUACUCUUGGCGCAAACACCCAAUCGCUUUUAAAACUUUCCGAGGUUGGUUAUUCAAACUCACAAUUUCAAAACGAUCAAAUCUAUCAAAAGGUUUUGCGUGCUUCCUCUGCAUCGGUCACUAGUCAUGAUGGUAAAGAAAAUAUCAAUAGGAAUUGUAAAUCAAAUUUUGUUGACAAAAAUUUAAAUAAUAUCAAUGAAUAUAGAACCAUUUUAAAUCAUUAUUUGCAAGAUGAAUUUAAAAAAACUUUUACAACUGGACGUCGUGCAACCAUCAGAAUUCAACCCAACAACAAAACCAAAUCAUCAAAACGACCAAUCAUUAUAGAUAUUGAUAAUGAAGAUCUUAAGAUCUUAACAAUACACCAUCAUCAACAACAAAACAGCCAAUAA